UACAGCAUGGUAAAAUGCCAUCCGCAAAGAGAAGAUGUGGCUGCGCGACUGGAUUAUAUCGACCUCCUUCGAGCAAUGUACCCAGCGGACGAUGAAUUACUCAUGGAUCAGGAGACCGAAGUAAUGCUGUCGAAUGCGAGGACUUGGUGCGAAGAUGACGCUAUCGAGAGGCCCAACAUGACGGCAACAAUAUCGCUGUCUCUUGUCUUGACAUUUUCCACAGCCGCCAAGCAGGACAGCCGGAAGCUGGUCCUGACCAUCGAGCUGCCACUGGCUGCUCUCGAACCUGUCAGUGCAGAGGUACCUUUGGAAGGAAGGCUUCGAGUCGGGGCGGAUUGGCUCACCAAGGCUGAAGCUCUCCGAUUGCAAUUCGACUUACCCGAACACGACAUUCUGUCGGCUAUUGACAUCGUCCGAUAUCGAGCCACUGAACACCUCGCCACAUUACAGCAGACAGCAGUCGUAGCCGGAGAUAUCAGCGGUCCCGAAGUCCGAGCAUGGUUCUACUUCCCCUCCAUCAGCACACGGGCAAAGCGAGACGAUCUCGUCAACCACGCCCCAUCAUUCGGCCUAACGGGGUUUCUUCUCGCCGGCAAGCCGGGAGUUCUGUGCUUGGAAGGUGGAGCGCAACGUAUUGACGACUUUAUGAAGUUCAUCAAGACGGAAUCAUGGGGCGACAUUCCUCCCGGCCACAAAAAAGUGUCCGAGGUGCUCCGAGAAAGUUGUACCGAGAGAUCGUUCUCACGAAUGGAGGAAAUCACUGAUCAGCUCGAGAAGCGAGGUCAGAGAUCGAAUCGGUCAGAUAUGAAAGGACUGGAACAAUGGCUUGCGGCGAGAGGCUUGGGUGAAUCAUUCGCCAAGGUGUUGAUGUGAUGCCACAAAACGCCUCUUCGACCAUUCGCUCGGUCACGAAGACCGCCAAUUCAUAUUUUCGCACAUGGCCCAAGCUCGCCUAGAUACGUGUGCCCGACCCUUCCAACGCAACCAGAGACAUCGUCAAGCGCAAUUACUGCUCUUCAAAGCAC